UAUAAUGAAUAACUCUGAUUCUGAUAUAAGUAAACAAUGAUUUUAAAUUUAUUUAUAUUAUAUACAUUUUGUAUAAUGAUCAAUUAUUAAUUUAGUUCUAGAUGAAAUGAAACCUAACACUUUGCUCAGUCAUAAAAAAACACCAACACAGUUGUUAUCUACCUUUGAAGUCCAAACUCUGGACCAUUGUGAAUUUACAAAAGUAGAUGAUCCUGCAAUAGUACAUCAUAGUGUCACAAAACAACAAAAGUUAAUUUUGCAUUCCCCAAUAAGUGAUGUAUCGAGAAAAAGAAUAAUGAUAAAAUCUUCUUUACAAAAUCAACAACAGCAGACCCCUUCGACUAGUAUGAGUGAACAGAACAUGUCAAAUAAUAUAAAAAAGGUUUUGUUUCCAUUACAAAAUUCAGAUGGAUCGAAAGGAUCAGCUACCAUGUCUCGAAUUGGUACAAAUAAAAAAUAUGAUUUUGGGAUGACUGAUUCAGGUAAACAUAUUGUUAUGCGUUUAAUUUAG